AUCUGAUUCAUCCCAUGUGCGCAAAUAUAAUUUCACUGUAACAAGGAUUACGCUUCUUGAAUGCUUUCCUUAGUCGACCUUCCUAAGGUUUUUUCCUCUUUAUUAAAUUCUCUGAAAUUCUCUGUCUUAAAUUCUCUGAACUCGUAUCUCUAAUUUUGGGUUUUCCCUGAUUUCUGAGGGCAUCUGUUAGAAUCUUCUAGGGAUCAUGCGUGGCCUAGGGAUUAAUCGCAAGAUUGCGGUUUUCGUAGGGUUUUCAGUGUUUGCGUUGACAGCUGUGACGCUUUUGGGGAACUUUUUUGUAGUCUACGAAAAAUCUCUCAAAUUUUGUCGAAGUAAGCAAAAAGGAGAGUCCGUGCAUUUAGUUAGAGUUGGUGAUGAUGACAGACUGAUGAAGCUGGACGAGAUCGCUUCUAACAUUGCCCCUCCUUGUGAAGUUGGAUGUUAUAAAUUGGAAUCACCAAAUUCUAUCCAUUUUUCGCAAUUUUUGGAUCAGCGUGAAGUCUUGGAGGAGCUAUUCAAGGUUGAGGAGGAUAAGUUUUUUGUGGAAGUGGGAGCGUUGGACGGCGAGAAAUUCAGCAAUACCCUCUGGCUGGAACGAGAAAAAGGCUGGACAGGAUUGUUGAUUGAACCAGGGAAACGCAGUUAUUCGAAUUUAGUGACUAAGCGAAGGAAAUGUUGGACUGCCAACGCAUGCGUCAGUCGAUCGAAUCAUCAAGAGCAGCACGUAAAAUUUAUUGAAAACGUUGAUGCUCCAGAACUGUCGUCCUUCUUUCACUUGACGGAGCCGAUUUUCAACGUUACAUUACCCGGAAACCAUGAAAACAUAAUUGAAGUGUUCUGUCUUCCACUUGCCGAUUUAAUCCUGUCCUUAAAUAGGACCCGAGUGGAUUUUCUAUCCCUAGACACGGAAGGAGCCGAUGCUGAUAUCGUGCAAAACUUUCCGUGGCAUCGCAUUGACGUCAGGGUGAUCAUGGUGGAAAAAGGCCAAGGUGAGACGCCGAUUCGGAUUUACAAUCGCAUGAUUUCAGCAGGAUAUAAUUUGCACAAGGAACUCAACGUUGACUUUGUUUUCGUGAAGGCUUGAAAAGCGUGACAAUCUGUGCAUGACAUUGAGCUUCUGUCUGAAUAAGCGUGAUACUGUAUUUGACUCGAAAAUGCUUUUUUUUCGUUUCGUGAUUCUAAUAAAGCGAGAAAUUUUAUUUUUCUGCUCGAGAAUGUGUAUCUUCAACAGGAAUUUCAUCGGUCAAACUCCUCGAAUGAUUCAAUUGGUAUUGUGAAAUUUAUUUGCGGG